GCACUCUUUGUCUACAUCGGCCGGCGCAAGGGGACAACGGUAAGCAGUGUUGACAAUGAUUUAUUCAAAGACGUACUGCGUUGGUUAUUGCGUCUAUUUCAUGAAAACUGAAACUAUAUACAUUAACUACAUGCAGGACAGUCGUUGCCAUUAGUGAACAGUCGAUUUUAAGUGUUAAAAGCAUUGGCCGUUUAGUGCCAUCUGCUUCAGACUGCCAACGGUCGGUCGGGCCUCAAUCUCGAUAACAAAUCCUGCACGAGGCUAACCUGGCAACAAAGCUAACGGCGUGCUAACGCUGCUAGCUGAGUGUGAAAACGGCAGUAAAUAAAUACGGUACAUUUUAAUAAUGUCGAUAAAGCUGUAUUGAGAUAAAGCGCCAGUGAGUUAAUGGUGCCUGUUGUAUUAGCGUAAUAAGAUUUCUUCUAGAGCCUAGGUCUAGCAGGCUUUACUAGCAUCUGUCAGUUAGAGUGGCUAACGUUAGCAAGAUUGUCAGCCGUUUAACCUGCCGAGUCAGCAGAUCCUUCGUCAUGGAGCUCUGCAGAAAGUAAAGGCAACAGAUAGAGCAUACUUUACUGUACUACAUUUUUCAGGGCUUUAAGUCACAAUGUUCUCCGUACUGGCCUAUUUUAGUCCACAAAGUUAGGCUAACGGCGUUAAGCUUCGUUAUCAUAACCUCUUAAGUUAGGUUGUCGUGGUUCGGCUUGUGUACACGAAGCCGUGUGAGUAUGCUCGUCACUGAUGUCUGCUUUCUGGUUAUUCAACUACCAAAUCUAAGAUAUUAAAGAUAUCACAUGCGGCAAUGAUCCCAGUCGCUCUGAACUAACGUCGACUGGAGAUUCAGUCAAUGUACCUCAAAUGUUUGUUUCUGUUUUCAGUGCCAAGCAUCGGCCCUGUGAAGAGAGACUGCCCUCUACCUGAGUGAGUCAUGGCCCAGUUCGGGGGACAAAAGAAUCCGCCGUGGGCAACCCAGUUUGCUACCACAGCGGUGUCCCAGCCAGGCCACUCAGGACAGUCCCUCGACCUCAACAGUCUGCACUGUAAGUAUAACAACAGAGGCUCUGGGCUGCUUCAUUCUCAUCACUGAAUGCACCACGUCUCUGCUGAGUCUUUUACACAAAUUCAAUUCUCUUUUUCCUGCCUUUGCUACUCCAUUAUCUCCCCCAUACUACUCCACACUAAGGUUAUACACUUGGCAUUUCCCUGCAUGUCUUUGACUCUUUUGCUUUAUUUUCGGUCUCUCCAGCUCUUGGUGUGCAGCAGCCAUCUCUUCUGGGUGCAUCUCCCUCGGUUUACUCUCAGCAGUCAGCCUUGGCUGCAGUCUCUCUCAGCAACCAGUCUGCCGCAAACUAUCAGCUGUCUCAGCAAACUGCUGCCUUGCAGCAGCAGGCUGCAGCUGCUGCAGCAGCGGCGUUACAGCAGGUCAGUCAUAGAGGGGGAAGACUUAACUAAAAUCUUGCCUUGAUCAAGCCAUUUAAUUACUUAACUACCGGUAUGUCUCUCGCAUCUCGUUUUAAUGUACAUAGUCUCAGAUCAAUACAGCCCUCCAGCAGUAUCAGCAACAACAGCAGCAGCAGCAGCAACAACAGCAACAGCAGCAACCUCCCCAGCAACCCCCUCAACAGCAACUGUACAAUGUACCUCAUCAGGUGAAGCACCAUCUUUUUUUUCUUAAAUCAUUUCGAAUUUUAGGUAGUCCUUUUGGUUGGGGUAAGGUGUCUUAAAAACAAGUAAUAUUUGCAAUUAUCUACAUAGAAAUUUUUUGAUAUUUUUUUUCAAUGAACUUUUUUUCAGCUUUCAUCUGUAAGAAAGCAUCACUCUGCAGUCUGUGCUAUUUAAAUAAAGAUUAAAACCUCUACUAGUGACUCUUAAUCUUUGACUUCUGCUAAACUGAUUUAUUUUUCCAUCUGUUUCUAACUCUUUCUCAAGGCUAAUUAUGUUAAUGUCUUGAAAGGAUACAUUUGUAUUUAAAGGCAAAACUCAACUGAUAUUGUGUCUUUAAUAGUGUUAUAUGAACCCAUUUUCCUAAAAAAAAGGAGAAAAAAUGAACAAAUGGGGACCAAACAGAACUUCAACCGGAUUUCAAUUCAAAUAAUACUCUGUGUUUUGUUUCCUUGAUCCUUACAGCUCCCACAGCCUCAACAGGCACUCAUUUCUCAGGUAAUGUGCAAAAACACACUCAUCUGUCAGUUUUUGGGGAUGUUAGUAUUAAUACUAUAACCUGUUUAAUUUGCUGAGUCUUUCCACAUUCAAAUAAACAUUUGUUAUAUUGUGCUCAGUGUCUUUUAACAGAAACAAACAAACAGAAAACAUUAAAGAGGCCAUAUUAAGGUUUUGCGAGGUUGAAUCAUUUUAUAAAAAUUUUUAAACCUGUAUUUAUCCAACUAUAUUUAUGUGUCAUAUCUAGAAGCCUAUCACAGGAAAAAAAAAGAAAGGAACAGACUUAAAGUCAGACAAAGUUUUUACAAGAUGAUUAUUAAUUUUUGAUGUUACAUAUGUACAUUUAAAAAAAACACAGUCAUAUUGUUGUCACAGCAGAAUAAAAGAAACACAGUGUUUUGAUAUUUACUGCUGUAAAGAUCUUAUUUUUCCUUUUCUUGACCCUCAGCCCCCGGUUGCCUUGCCCACCAGCCUAAGUCUGUCCAACCCUCAGCAAACAGCUCAGAUCACUGUAUCCUACCCAACACCACGCUCAAGCCACCAACAGCAGACACAGCCACAGAAGCAGAGGGUCUUCACUGGAGUUGUCAACAAGUUGCAUGACACAUUCGGCUUUGUAGAUGAAGACGUUUUCUUUCAGCUAAGGUGAGGGAAAGCAGGCUCUCUGAAGGCUUUUAGAGUAUCUGUUGUACUCUUUUUGAUGCUCAAACUUUGUAUUUGUGAAACUGAUCUUGCUCAAACUUUGCACAUGUAAAGAGAUGCUUAAAUUGGGUCUUUUUCCUUUCCAGUGCUGUGAAGGGUAAGACUCCACAGGUGGGUGACAGAGUCCUAGUAGAAGCUGUGUACAACCCCAACAUGCCCUUCAAAUGGAACGCCCAGCGCAUCCAGACCUUACCUCAGCUAGCAAAUCAGUCGGUGAGAACACUCAGAGUUUCCUCUGUUUACAACUCUGGAAAAAGGGGAUGACUUUUUUAUGGCUACAUUAGCACAAACUGUAGGGUUUUAAAGUUUUUAUAAAAGUUCAGUGACCGUAUAAACAGAGUAAGCAUAUUUAUCCUAUUUUUUCCCAUUGGGUCUGUAUGAAAAUGAUCUCUGCCACAAGAAAUGUUAAGACAUCCACUCUCUUGGCUGUUUUGAAGUGGUUUUGACUGGAUUAUUCACAUAUCUGAGAGUUUUACCAAAUCUGGAAUUCACACAGUAUAUGAGAGAAUUUCCUCUUAAUCUAAGAAAUAUUUCUUAUUUAUGGCUUUUGAAAUAUUUUGUUUAUGGCUGUCAUUUUUAUUCAGUGAUUUGAUCUGGCAUGGGAACACUUGCUUUCAUUUAUGUUUUUUGUUUUGUCUUUUAAUCUUAACUUUUCAUACACCAUCCUGUAUUUUUACUGUGAUGUUCUCAAUCCUUCCUAGCAUCAGCAGCAGCCUCAGCCUUUACCUCAAGCUUCGCCACAGCUGGGCAGCCUUUACAAUGAGCCAGGGAUGCAGCUGCGCUACUCAGACAUGCACUCCACCGCUGACAACAGACAAAAUGUAAUCCCCUAACUAUCUGUCUACUCAGUUUCCUUCUUGGAGUUCUUAUUGUGUCCUGGCUUGGUGCUCAUCUGAUUUACUGUACCGUCUGUUGUUAAUUUGUGGAUUACAAUUUACAAAGCUCAAGCUGUUUUUUAUUUUUGUGUUUUUCCACUUUGGGCUCCUUAAUAUAUCAAUUUAAAAUUGUAUUUUCUUAACGUAGCUUUAGUAAUGCCCACACUAGUACUCACUCAUUAUUUUGCCAAGCAUAUUGGGUUGUGAGUUUCUUGAGAUAUCUUAAAAAUGUAUUAUUUAAAGGUUGUGCUAAAUUGAAAUCCAAAACUUUUCCAGGUGUCUUUUUUUUUAGGUAGUGACAGGCCAAGUCGUAAAGUUUGUCUUGCUUGAUGAGCUACCAGGUCUGUCUUUAAAAAGAAACUUACUUCCUUUUUUUGCUCCUUUGUCCUCUUUUCUCUAGAGCCAGCCACAACCUCCGAAUAUAAUGAAGACAGCCCCCACCAUGUUACAGUCACUACCUCCCCCAAACACAUUCAGUGUCCCUACCCAGGCUCCCCCACCAUCCCUCCUGCAGGCCCAGCUUUCUGCUGCGUCUCUGGCCCCUCUCCUCCAAAACCCUCCUCAGCCUCUGUUACCACAGCCUCCACCCAAAGGUAAAUAUCUAUUGGUGGAACUGCAUAUCCAAAGUGUUGAAAAAAAGCUGAUAGAUAAGGUGUGCAGACCAUUACGUUGAGCAACAUCUGGCACAACACUGGCAGGAAAAUAAACAUCUUUGUGGUGUGUGAAAUUGUUGAACGAGCAGACACUUUGAAUUUGUUCCUGUGUCUGUAGAUGUGUUUCCUGGGGGUCUGCUUCAGCCUCCGGUAAGAAUGAUGCCUCAGCCACAGCCAGUCCGACGAAUUGAGCCUCCACCACGCUUCCCUAGUCGUAAUGAUCGGGGCCCUGAGCUCAUACUCAGGACUAAAGAGGAACGCAGGUGAGACGCUGAUAGAAAACACUUGAAAAAUAAAACUUUCAUCAAAUGUGCAAUAUGCAGUUGUGGAUUUCAAUUUGUAAUUUUAGCCGAGACAGAGAUCGUGAGCGUAGGCGGUCACGAGAACGCUCACCAACACGGAAACGUUCCAGAGAACGCUCUCCCAGACGUGAACGGUCACCUCGCCGUCCUCGCAGGGUGGUUCCACGCUACACUGUCCAGUUUUCCAAAUUCAGCCUGGAUGGGUAAGUACAGUCUUGAAGAUAUCACCUCAGGGUUGUGCUGUAUGUAAACUUGUCAGUGGUGAGAUUGUAGGUGUUAUCAGAAAAUUAACUGCCCUCCCCUGGUUCUUCAGCUCUUGCUGCGAUAUGAUGGAGCUGAGAAGGCGCUAUCAAAGCCUCUACAUUCCCAGCGACUUCUUUGACGCUGUCUUCACAUGGGUGGAUGCCUUCCCGAUGACGAGACCCUUCCAGUUUAGUAAUGCCUGUAACUUCCACAUCUUACACAAAGAAGUGGAUCCUCUUGUCAAGAAUACAGCUGUGCUGGACCCUCCAGAUGCCAACCACACCUACAGUGCUAAGGUAAGACUGUAGCUGAUAAUUCCCAUCGCACUGGAUGUUCAUUCUCCCUAAGAUGCAUUUAAUGGCCUGUUUAGAGUUUGGUGUAUUAUUAACAGAUAAAGGUGUUAAGUUACGUUUACUUCAGAAAAACUGGAACUGUUUAUUUCAUUCAGCACCAUUAGAUCUGCUGUAUGCACCAAGAGUUUAUGAUAGACAUAACCCAUAUGUCAGACUCUCUUUACAUACAUAUGGUAGUGAUAGAGAAAGGGGUUUGUUUGUAAUGCUUUAUCAACAUUUAUGUCGAUAUAUAAAGCCACCACAGUCAGCAGAACCCCUUUUGUUCCACCUGAAAGCCAAUGUGGUGUUAGUUUUCCCAGGUGUAAUUUUGAUCAGCUGUUGGGACACUAUAAUACUGAUUAGCCCAAGCAUAUUGUACUUCAUUUAAUUCCCCUUCUUCCACUAGUAAAGGAUUCACAUUUUUACCAUCUCUCCUCUCCCUUUUUUCAGUCAAGGGAGAAGUUGUUAUUUUUUUGCUGCUUUUAUUGAACAAACAUGGCAUCCUGACAAAAUUCAGGUCUUAGUUUUUUGUCUGUGCCACACUGUUGUGCGCUGUUUGGAUUAAAGCAGAAAAAGAAAUAGGUGCUGUGCUUUUGCAUGAACAAAGUCCACUUCUUUCAACCUUGCCAGGGCAACGGCAGCAUAGUAUGCAGUUGCAGUACAGAGUGUUCACCAUGGUUGAACAAACUGGACCUCAGGGCUUAAAAGUGUGUGGGGAGGAGGGUGUGUGUUUCGUAUGAGUGCACCCUUAGAAACAUUAAAAACAUGAAACUAUCAUGGGUCACCUUAUUAGCUUUCAUCAUCUUAACUCUUGAGCAGAUAGAAAUGUAACUAACACAUCAUUUAACGCACAUUGUUGAGCAGAAAUAUAAUGACAGACCCCAUGAAUAAAACUUGUUGUAUCAUUUCUCACACAUAUCUUUAAGUGGUCGUUGGAUAAAUUGCAUGAUUUAAAUGGUGAGUUCCUGCUUACUUCAAAGGUUUUAAUUUCACUCUGCUUUGUUAACAUUACAGGUGAUGCUGCUGGCUAACCCCAGUAUAGAGGAGCUUUAUCAUAAGUCCUGUGCUCUGGCAGAGGACGCCCAAGAAGUCAAGGACUCCUUCCAGCAUCCUGCUAGACUCAUUAAGGUAAAAACACCCCCUUUCUCUCUGUGUUUGUUCUGUGCGUAUUAGCUGACGAUGAUGUCGUAAUCCUAUUCCAUUGCUGAGUACACACGAUGUGGAAAUGUUCCAUUCUGAGGUUGGCUGUUCUUUGUAAUUUCCAUGAGAAGGGAUUAUUUGGACAUGCUACUGACCUUCUUCUCCCUCCACCCCCUUUUUCACUCUAUCCAUGCUCCACAUCCAACAUCUUAACUGUCACCCCCAUUCCAUCCAACCCCUUCUUCCCCUUGAUUCCUUUGUCCCUCUGUCUUUCUUCUUCAGUUUUUGGUGGGAAUGAGAGGUAAAGAUGAGGCCAUGGCCAUCGGUGGUCACUGGUCUCCCUCUCUGGAUGGAGCCGAGCCAGAGAAGGAUCCCUCUGUCCUUAUAAAGACAGCCAUACGCUGUUGCAAGGCGCUCACAGGAAUAGACCUAAGUCUGUGCACUCAGUGGUAAGAGCUCUCAUCUCAUCAGUUUCAAUCAUUCUGUCUCUGACUGUCUCUGUUAAAACCUCUAAACUCUGCUGGUACUAAAGUCUUAAAUUGAGACACUCAGAUGUGCUUGAUACUUUUACGAUUUUUAUACUAAAUCCAAUCCUCGAUGUUGAGUGAAAUUCUUCCUUUUCUUUUUGUAUAAAUGGGAAUAUUGUUAUGAUUUGCUACAGUUUAUUUACUUUUAUUGUUUAUUGUGUUGUGCAACGGUUUCUUUGGCCUUUUGUGUGUUGUCGUUUUGGCUCUCUCUCUCUCUGUCCGACUCUCUUUACACACAUGUGCACAUUUCAUUGUGAUAAAAAUCAAACGCAUGGACUGUGGCUGGAAGCAGAGGCCUGGACCAGAAGACACUACCAAUUCUUUGUUUCUACCUUUUUAUUUUUCUCAGUUCGCUCUGUUAAAUAUCUUACAUAUUUAACCGGCUUUUACUGUCCUGUCGAUUCUGUCUCUCUUUGCACACCCCUAACAUAGUGCAUUAAGUGUAUCCUAGGUUAAGUGCAGAACACUCAUCCAUAAUUGGCUGACGCUAUAAUGGGGAUGAAUUUUGGGCGGGUGUGAUUUAUUUUUUAUGUGAUUGUUUGUCAACUUUCUCAAAACGGCUGCCAUAACCUGUGACAACAGUUGGAGAGCUGCAGACUGGGUCCAUUUGUCUAUGCUGUGUGUUGUGUGGGAGAAGGGUCACUGGAAUGAUGUGUAAAUCAUACAGUGACCUUUGGGGGGAGUAGCUGUAGAAGGCUUGCCCUUGCAAGGCUUGCCGUUUGUACUGUGCCCUGACCAGAAUGUUUCUUUCCAAUGCACCUUCUUCCUUUGCGACAGGUAUCGUUUUGCAGAGAUUCGCUAUCAUCGGCCGGAGGAGACACACAAGGGGCGGACAGUCCCUGCUCAUGUGGAGACAGUGGUUUUGUUUCUUCCGGAUGUUUGGCAUUGUCUUCCUACCCGCUCAGAGUGGGAGGUGCUGUCACGGCGACUCCGGGAGCAGCUGGCUGAGAAGCUGUCGGCCGAGCGAAAGGAGGCAGAUGGAGAACAGGCACUGAACCGCUAAUCCCUCUCUUCUCAUUUCCGCUUCUCACAGGAAGGCACAGGAAUUACAAAAAAUAACAAAGCCCAGACACACAUCAGACACAAAGCACACCUCGCCACUCACCAGACAGACGCCAACACAGGCAGAUUAUUUUCCCACCAAACCUCACCUAGGCUUCUUCCGUUUACACCUCCACCUGUCCCCUUCUCCUCUGCUCCUCCAACUCCUUCAUUCCUCCAUCAGCACAUCCACCUUCCCUCACAUCCAGCAGACACAUACAGUGGAAGCAGUGAGACUAGGUUGUGUUGUGUAGGUCCUGACCGCAUCUGAUAAAACAGCUUCCAGCUUCUCAAACACCUCGUAAUUGGGUGACUAUCAGGGUUUGAUUAUUCACAUCAGUCCAAGCAUUACGGUGUGCAUUGUUGUCAACAAUAAUUGCUUAACCUGCUUUGAAUUUGGGUGCAUGCGAAUUGGAUCAAUAACUUUAUCAAACUUUUUUCGCCAGAGGUGAUUGUUCUUCAUGCUGGAAUCUGUGGAUUCAGUUGCGUGUAAUUAAUGUGUGUGUGUUGUAGAAAUGUGUCCUUUCUUUAAUUUUAAAUCAAUUUUAUAUGACCUUACUUCAGAAAGAAAACCUCCCCCUACUCCUGUUUCUUGUCUGUUCUUGUUGUUGGAUUCUACUUUUUCAUUUGGACUUUAUGUAGAACUUGGUUUUUCCAGGGCAGUUGGUUGGACAGAAGGACAGAUGGCUUCUAUCUGAUGUUAGGUGUAUUGAAACCUUUAAUAGCAAUACCCAAUACCCCAGUCAUAGACCAUGCUAGGGCUACCCAACCCACUCCGUUUGGAGACCAGCUUCAGUUCGCCUGAUGCAUCCAACACUCUUUUGACACACCUCUCAUUGAUUUUUACCUUUUUUUUGUGUUCCACAGAUUGAUUGAUUGGCAGCUGGGGGGCAUUUCUGUUGGUUUUGAUAAGAGCUAGAGAGCUUCCCUGUGUAUGCUUCAAUAGCAGUGGACUAAAACACAGUCGAGAGCUCACUAGGACCAGACAAAGAAAGACAGAUGUGACCUUGCUUCUUGCACGGAUCAACUUUUAAGCUUUUUCCGGCCAAAAUUGUCGUACUGAUGGUUUUCUAUCCCACCUCUUCUCUCUCUUUCUGCCUGUCUCUGUCACAAUGAUUUUCUGUUAAGGAGGAAGAGGAGAAGGACGACGACGAAUCAAAGGACGUUAGCACUCCCACUCACUGGGCUAAACUUGACCCGAAAUCAAUGAAGGUAUGUAUUAAGAAGACUCAUGCUUUAUCUGCUGAGGCGGGGCAACAUCUUUGGCUCAUCAGUUUUAUUCUAAAAAAAACAUGCCUUAGCCUGAGUCUCUAGAGACACUUCCUUGUACCACCUCGUCAUAAUCUGCAGUCUUUCCUCUUUUCUAAAGUCGAGUCUCAUUUCUGGGAAUGUGUGCCCGUUUAUUCCAUAAAGUCACUCUUGCUUUUAACCACCAGAUUUACCGAUCAGUUAAACAAGUUAAUGAUUAUCAAUGUUUGCCCCAAAUUCUGGUCCUAUUUUUUGUGUGAGUUAUAACACAGCCACUUACCACUUGCCUGGGCUGUAUCUCUGUUGUGUUUGUGUCUGUAGUGGCUACUGGUAUAUAUAACACCCUCGUUCUCUGAAAUAAACAAGCAUGGUGACAUCGAUGCAGUUUGGCAUUAGAUUGAUGUCAAAAAUAGAGACAUAGUUGUGUGUAGGUUUUUCUGAUUUAGAUGGCAUGUAACCACUUGACCUUAGCUGUGUGAAAUCAGCACAGUUAUAUGGAUGUUAACCUGCUAGGAGGACUGAAGCUUUACUGACAUGAGCUACCUCUCAGCAGUCACUUUAGCAUGUUAACCCACAGACUGUGAUCCCAUAUUCAGCUGUUUCUAAAUAAAAUUGUGCUAAACCUUGAAUAUUUUCAAAGUGUUUUCUUACCUUUUGACUAUUUAGUAGGUCAGAAUUUAAAUCUAGUUUAAGACAAUAGAAUUAGUCUCUGUGAAGCGUCGUUUUGCAUUUUUCAUGUCUCUGUUCUCCCCUCUGCAGGUAAAUGACCUGCGUAAGGAGCUCGAUUGUCGUUCUCUAAGCUCAAAGGGGUUAAAGUCGCAACUAAUUGCACGCCUCACCAAGCAGCUGAAGGUGGAGGAGCAGGUGGAGGAGUCCAAGGAGCCUGAGAAGCCAGAGACCAAAGUAGCCGAGGAGGAGGAACCAUCUCGUGCAGAGGAGGACAGAGAGGUACAGAGAUGAUUUUUGUUUUUAAUGAAUCCUGAUCAAUAAUUAGAGAAAACUCAGCUGUUAAACUGAGAGCUUUGUUGUAAUAUCUCUGAGACUAAAGUGUUUUUGAGAGAAGAGGAAAGUAUUUGACUAGUUAUCUGUGAUAUAGCAUCUUAUCAGGAACCAGCUUUAUCUGAAGUUUUACCUGAUAGCCUCUAACUGAAGUGCUUUUCUGUCAGGAGGAGGAACGUAAGAGGCAGGAAGAGCUCGAGCGCCAGCGAAGGGAAAGGCGCUACAUUCUCCCUGAUGAGCCAACUAUCCUCGUUCAUCCCAACUGGGCCGCCAAAAAUGGCAAAUUUGACUGCAGUGUUAUGUCCUUAAGUGUGCUGCUGGACUACAGACUGGAAGACAAUAAGGAGCAUUCAUUUGAGGUGAGAGUCACAGGUCACAGCUUGUGUUCUGUGCUGUAAUAUAGGAGGUUGAUAAAGGCUAAAAUGCAAUAGUGUUAUUGUAUUUGAAUUGAAUCAGACAUUACACUGUCCCCCCUCUCUGUCCAGGUUUCUCUGUUCGCUGAGCUGUUCAAUGAGAUGCUUCAAAGAGACUUUGGCUACCGCAUAUACAAAGCUCUUGCUGCUUAUCCAUCCAAAGACGAGAAGAAAGAAAAGGAGAAGAAAGCCAAAAAGGAGGCAGAAAAGAAAGAGGCUGAAAAGCGUGAAAUAAAGAAGGAAAAAGAGGAUGAGAAUGAAGAACCAGCUGUAAAGAAGACCAAAGAGGAUGAGGACGACAGGAGAAAGGCAAGCCUCUCAAACCUCAGUAAACAUUUGAAUCGAUCAUUGUUCAAUACAUAUGUGUUAUAAAGAUAUUAUUUCCACCAGAAUGAUGACAAGACCUUAAAGAAGGAGUUGUCUCGAGAUGAAGAGGAGAACGAAGAUGAUGGCAGCACAGCCAACGCUGAAGAAUAUGACCCAAUGGAGGCGGAGGAUGCGGAUGAUGACGAAGAUGAUGGUACUGACCUUUCUCUCUAUUUCUCAGCUCCCACUCCCACAAAUUGAUUUGGCCAAGGAUGAGAAAUCAUGCACCACUCUGAGUCUGUGAUGGAUAACAUUUCCACUGUUUCUGAGGCCUUUAACAGUCAUUAACACCUGCAGUCCAGCUCAUUUUCAAAGAUCAAAGUUCCGAUAACAAAAGCUGUAUUCACUCGUCUUUAUUUCUUUAACUUUCCUCAAUUUGAUAUUCUCAGACAAAGACGAUGAAGACUCCAAUGACCGAGACAGAAAGGAUCGCAAGGAUGAUCGCAAGUCAUCAAAGGAGAGGUCAUCGAAAGACAAGGUUGGUUAUUGCGAAGGAUGUGUUAUUAUUAAAGUGAUGUAAUGAAAUCAUGCUGUUAAUAUAAACUUUGUUGUUGUUGUUGUUGUACCAGGAAAAGAAGCAGAUGGUCACACACAACAGGGAGCUGCUCAUGGCCUUUGUUUACUUUGACCAGAGCCACUGCGGCUACCUGCUGGAAAGAGACCUGGAGGAGAUCUUGUACACACUCGGACUCCACCUCUCUCGAGCUCAGGUGAACACACAGACCCCUUAUCAUGUCUGGGGUUAGUUUCUGAAGCCCUGCAACCUGGAUUCAUAGUCUGCUGUUGCCCAGUCACUCACUGCCCACCUGCUGAUGAUUAAUAAGAUGAAGUGAGAUAACAGUCAUGUUUCCAAUGAUUCAUGUUUCCAGAUAAAGAAGCUGUUGAAUAAGCCGGUGAUCAGGGAGUCCUGUUACUACCGUAAACUGACAGACCGGGGGAAAGAUGAACCGGUUCCUACCUUUAAUGAAGCCCAGAUAGAAAACCUCACAGGUGAGCUUACAUGAAUGUUAUUGAUCAGCCUUUCUACACAGUUUACCAAGCAGUCAAAUUCUUAAAUUUAUCAAACUUUUCCUUUUUUAUCAGGUAACCGAGCACUACUCCCUGCUCCAAAAACUCGAACUCAGUCAGAGACCAACGAGUCUAGUAAUCUGAUCGUGUAUAACGGAGCCUUGGUAGACAUCGGCAGCAUGCUGCAGAAACUUGAAAAGAGUGAAAAAUCGCGAGAGGAGAUCGAGCAGAAGCUCAUGGUACAGGACGCCAAAAUGGGUACGACUGCAUUACAGAGAUUCGAUCUGGAAACGGUUUCAUAUCACGGUCGCAAGCUACACUCUGUGUCAGUAGUCCAUUUGGACGAUGAUCUGGCUCAAUUUGAGCUUUGCUACAAAAAUUUCAGUUUCAGUUCAUUCAGAAUCCUUUCUUCUUCGAUUUCUGUUGAAACCUGAACUGGCACAAUACUCACAACUUUUGACAGUGUAUGAAAUGUUUGGCUUUGGAAGUAAAACAAUCACGUGCAAACUGAAGUUAGAUUUCUCUUGAUUUGUCUUUGCAGAGGAAGAUGCGAAAGUGAAAGCACAGUUAGAACAAUCUAACAAAGUCCUGACCAGGGAGCUGGAGGAGGUGAAAAGCAGUCUGAGCCAAACUGAGGAGAGGCUGAAGAAUGUGGAGGACCAGAAGACAACCUACCACGACCACCUUAGCAAGACGUCCAACACUUUGAUGUCCACUGUCAAAGGACUCAUGGCGUUGCUGAAAAAGGUAAAACAUUUGUAAGCGGCACAUUUCUCUCUCCUUGUCAGGUGCUCCUGCAGUCUAACGUGACAGGUCAGAUCUUGUACAUGAUCUGGGCUCUAAACUCAGCAGCAGGGACAUCUGGUGGCCUAGAAGACUCAUUGCAGUCCUCGACGCAUGGAGGAGAACCUCUGCAUCUCUUUUUGAGUUGAAUUGUCACAGCAGGUGUUUUAUAUUUACGCCUAUGGUAUGAACUACAUGAUUACUUGGUAUCAGGUGGGAAUACUCAUUCAUCCAUGUGAAUGUCUUUUUUCUUUAAGGCGACUCAAUCAUGUAAAGAGUUUUUGUUGACUGAUGGUUUUUCUCUCUCUCCCUAUCUCUUCAGGAGCAGGAAGUUGAGGAGUCUGGAGAAGAUGUCUGUGGCGAUGACAUUCAGAUGUCCCAAACUAACGGCGCAGAUGAAUGAAUGAAUGACACAAUUUUUUGAUGAAUGAAGUUAAUCCAUAACAGUGAUUAUCAAGAAUUGUAAAUACUCAUUUAAAAGCAUAAUUUGGCUUUGUUUUAUUUGGACCUACUGUUUCCUAGGUACCUGUUUAAGUUAAAAUGAAUUAGUGACAAUGUGUUGAUUUGACUUGAUUUUGACUUAAGUCUCUUUGUACCAUAGUUUUUUUUUUCUUCUUUUUUUUUAAGGAUUUACUUUCUUACAUAGGAUAGCCUAAACUAUGACAAAUGACAAAGCUUUGAGACGCUUAUUUUCAUAGUUUUGAGGGAGUUAUGUUGAGUAGCUCACUUUUUUGUGCUUGUUUUAGCUCCGUUAUGGCCAAUAAAACGCCUCGAUGUAGAUUUAAAUGCCAGUAUUUUUGAGUUUACCUUUUCUGUUUGAGAUUUUAGUUUUCUAAUGAGCAAUAAUGAUGCUAUUUAUGUGCAAGAGAAUGCAUUAAAACUAUAUUUAAAAGAGACUAAUUUUGGAUUGAAGGGUUGGAAGGGGUUUGAUGUUCAGAUAUAAUUUCUCGCAAGCUGUCCUUAUCUGCUGCGUAAACAGCAGAUUGAUUAUGUUGAUAAACACACAUAGUCUUUUUUUUUUGGUCCUUUUCGCUGAUUUGAAAGUUUUCCGCUCAUUAUUUUCCAAACUCAUGGCUAUGCAUGGAUCCUGCCUCUCUUGAACCUUUCUUGCUGUCUGCAUCUCCUGACUGUAUCCACCGACUGCUGCACCACCAUUUCCAGUUUGUAUGUUUACUGUGACAAGCAGCUGUCUAGUUUUCUGACAAAGAAAACCACACAUGAACCAAAAGAUAAGCUCAAUGAUUGUGUGUUCUGUUGAAGGAAUCUGUGAUACACAAACAUGAACAUUUUCAGAUCCAUCUCUGAACUGUUUGUGUUGGUCUGGGUUGUUUUUAGACAAGAGGCACAAAUACAUUCAAAUGUGCUCCAAAGCAGGCGAUUUUAUUUUUCUAUUGGAAAUGUACUCUAUGGAUGUUUUGUGCAAGAGUAAAGUGGUCCAUUUUAACACUA